AUGCAUUUCCUCGCAACCGCCUGCGUAUGCCUGUUGGCAGCGCUGACGCAGGCCACGGCAAUCAACAAGCGCGCUGCCCUGGACGACUGCCUCAGCUCGGCCCUGGUGCCCGUCGAUGCUGCCGGCUCGGCCGAUUGGAAAGCCGACGCCGCACCUUAUAACCCGCGUCUGACCUAUACGCCCGUGGCAAUUGCCGUACCGACCAAGGUUGAACACAUCCAGUCUGCCGUGUCAUGCGCUGCCAAAGUAGGAGUCAAGAUCAAUGCAAAGUCCGGCGGUCACAGCUACGCCUCGCUUGGGUUCGGCGGCGAGGACGGCCACUUGAUGGUGCAGCUAGAUCGCAUGUAUAAUGUGACACUGGAUAAGACAACCAAUAUUGCAACGGUCCAGGCUGGAGCGAGAUUAGGCCAUGUCGCGACGGAGCUCUAUAAUCAGGGGCAGCGAGCUGUUGCACAUGGAACCUGUCCUGGCGUUGGAGUCUCGGGCCAUGCGCUCCAUGGGGGCUUUGGUAUGAGCUCACAUUUGCAUGGUUUGGCCCUUGACUGGAUUGUGGGCAUGACCGUGGUGCUGGCUAACGGGACAGUUGCGCACUGCUCGGCGACGGAGAAUGCGGAUCUGUUCUGGGCCAUGCGCGGAGCCGGCUCCAAUUUUGGCAUUGCGGCGUCGUACGAGUUUGAUACCUUUGCCGCUCCAACGAGCGUGACUGUCUUCUCGGCCUCGCUUCCCCUGACCAAGGCCAAUGGAGCCACCGGGCUCGGUGCCCUCGAUGACUACGCUCGCAACACCAUGCCGGCUGAGCUCAACAUGCGCGUCUUUGCUUCAUCUUACUUCACCAACCUCGAAGGGCAGUUUUUCGGAGAUGCCACCGGGCUCGCCGCUGCCUUGGCGCCGCUGCUCAACAAGACGGGCGGCUCAAUAUCGCAGUCGCAGAGUAUGGGCUGGUUGGAUGCCUUGUCGCACUAUGCCAAUGGAAAACUCGAUGUAACACAUCCGUAUUCGCUGCAAGAGACAAUCUACGCCAAGAGUCUGGAGCUCAAGGGACUCAAUGGGACGGCGGCGACCAACUUCGUCAACUAUUGGUUUGAUGUGGCCAAGAAAGUAUCGACGCGGUCUUGGUACUUUCAGCUGGAUUUUCACGGGGGCAAGACGUCAGCCAUUGCCAACGCCACCCGCACGGCGUCAUCGUCGUAUGCUCAUCGCGACAAGCUGUUCCUCAUCCAGUUUUAUGACCGCCAGUAUAGCGGCGCGUACCCGGCCGACGGUUACUCGUUCCUCGAUGGCUGGGUCGCCAAUGUUACCGCGGCACUCACUCCUGCCGACUGGGGUAUGUACAUCAACUAUGCCGACUCGAGCCUCAACCGCACGACGGCGCAGAACGUCUACUAUGGAGCGAGCUUGCCAAGGCUGCAACGGAUAAAGGCUGCCGUUGACCCGAACGAGCUUUUCUACUACCCACAGUCAGUCCAGCCAAAUGCCGCAGCCUAA